CAUAUUUUGGCGGUUUUAUGGGCCCGAAAAUCGGGGGUUCCGGCAUUAACGUCGCUUGCGCAGAAACGAUUCCGGCGUUGAAAUAUUGCAAGGUAGCCCUACUACCCUAGUAAUGAGCUUGAGUGGGGCGCGAUUCUCUCGCAGGGCGCGACGGCAGCCGGCUAGAGAAUGAAGGCUAAUCACCGUUGGCUACUAGCCAGCGACGUUCAUUUCAAGCUUCACGACCUCGACCGCGUCAUACGUACAGCAGACUGGAUUGCCUCAAUCCCGCAUGAGUAUAACAUCUCCCGUGCCAUUAUCUGCGGUGAUAUCUUCACGGCACGCACUUCACAGCCAACGAAUGUGCUUGCGGCAUGUUAUCGCUUCUUGGACAAGCUAGCUAGCGCCGUGCCGCAUAUGAAUAUCAUCUUGGGCAACCAUGACUUAGCAUAUCGCCGUGACUACACCACUUCCGCUCUGGAACCGCUGGCUAAUGCUCGGUUAGCCCCGUUCGUUACAGUCCAUAGGGAGAUUGCAUGUCACAACUGGGAUGGGAGGCGGGUACUUGUAAUGCCAUUCCGAGAGGACCAAGGCGAAAUUAUCAGAUGCAUACGCGAUCUGGACCCGAAUAUCGCGGCAAAGACGGUGGGAUUCGGACAUUUAGCAAUAAACCGGGCCAUAACUCAGAAGCACAUAAUCGACCCAGAGACAGGAAUGGCAGGGUUGCCUUCCAGGUAUCCAGGCCUUACCAGCGCAAGUGAAUUUGCGCCACUGGCAAGGACAUUUACCGGCCACUUUCACAGUCACCAAACAAUCUUCCAAGCUGCGAACAAGCAACAUCAAGAUCCUCGAGGAAGCGUAACGUACAUUGGGGCACCGUUACAGCUCACCUGGGCAGAUCUGUUCGAUACCAGGAGGGGAGUCAUUUUACUCGACCCCGAAACCCUGGAGACUGAGUUUGUAGAUAAUCCACACGCCGUGGGUUAUACAAGCGUCGAAGCACAAGACGUGCUAGAGGACUGGGUAGACAUCCAACAAGUUCGGGAUAAGCAUGUCAUGAUCACGGGAAAGUUGUCAAUGGGUAACUACAUCGCUGCCAGAGGUCGCCUUAUCAAACUAGGGGUUCGUAGUGUGAGAGACGGGAAACGUGUUGCAUCGGAAUGGCGGUUCAGCCAAGGGAGUCUUGGCAAGACCGUGCUCCCUGCCGAUAUUCAGAGUCGGCGAGAUCAGGAAAAAGAGGGUUCAGAAGACACGGGAAAGGCACAGGCUGACCUUGCUAGUCCACUGACUCUUGUUUCAAAAGAAUUGACGACUAGUAAGGUGGAGCUUGAGCCACUUGACCUGGCUGGACUUAUCCAGGAAUAUGUGUCCUCACUGGACCUUGAAUCUACCCUUGAGGAUAGGCGUGAUACUCUAUCUCUCGUAGGGAAGAGACUCUUCAAUAUCCGCAGUUCCAUCCGCGACAAGGACGGCUCUCAAGUUGAGUAUAGAGAUAUACUUGACCCGUCACCCCAAUCUACUCUCGAUACCCCUGCGAACGAUGCUAUACGAUCAUCCACGGCGGAAACCAUCUUUGCUGCGGAGCCCGUUGCUAUCGAAAUUACCAACUUCCUUGGCAUCCAGGGCACUCUCACUCUAGAUUUCAAGCUUCAUUUUCAGCCCGGUAUCAACUUGAUAGUGGGGCACAACGGGGCAGGGAAAAGUACAAUUAUUGAAGCAAUCGUAUGGUGCCAAUUUGGACAGUGUAUCCGAGGUGGACUUGGAGUAAACGACGUCAUCAAUGAUGUUGCUGGAAAGAACUGCAACGUCCGCCUAACAUUUGCAAACGGAUACUCUAUUUCGCGGUCUCGGAAGCACGACGUGCUUCGCAAUCGUGUAAUUGUAGAGAAGAACGGCGUAUUUCAAUCGCAAUUCGAAGGGCCCGGUGUGAAAAGUACUCAAGCAUCUAUUGAUGAAAUGCUAGGAGUAGACUUCGACACGUUCAUCAGAAUGGUCUUGCUCGGGAACGAGAGUGCUCCAAGCUUCUUGAAUUCUACACCAUUGCAGAAGAGACAGUUGAUCGAGUUAGUUUUAGGCCUGGAGGUUUUGGAUGAAUGCGCAGAGACUUGUAACUCGAUGCUGAGUCAAGUGGAAGAGGAACUAGGAGACAUGCAGUCGCGGCUUGAAGGGGUCACGCACACGGUAGAGCAUCUAAAAAGUCGAAUCAACCAGGUAGACCAGACGUUGAGGCGCCUACAGCACGAAGCAGCGUCUCUAACUAAUGAGAUGAAAAGUAAAGAAAAGAAACAACUAGAAAUUUUGAACAAGAAGGAGCUUAUCAAUAACAAGCUCAAGGAGGACCUCAAGGAUGACCAGGGGUUGCCAGGAUUGAAAUCUGAACUUCAGGGCCUUCAAAAUAAUAUUUCUCCAGCCCAAAAUGAGGUGAACAGGCUCGGCGUCUUAGCCAGGCUCGCUCAAGCCCGCUCAUUUAUAGAUCGUGAGAAAGCCAUCAUUGAGCAAGAGAUAAUAUCUACGAGGAGUCAGCUUUCUCGCCUCCAGGACGAUCUUCAAUACCUUCUUGAAGAGAAUAACACAUUGGAAGUACCACCUCCAAUUAUAGAAGACGAAGACAACAGAGACGACACUAGUAGCGUACGGGGUUUCCUACUGAACAUCACACUUGCCUUUCGAAAAUUUUGGAACCCGAUCCUUCACGCCAUUAGUCCGGGAGCAAGAGAGAGGGCCAGAAUAAGGGAAGAAACCGCUCUUAAGGCCAAAGAAGCUAGGCGACGAUGGGAUGAGCACGUGAAAGCUAUCGUCGCUCUCACUAACAGAGUUGCUGCCACACAUUUUAAAGUAGAGAGUACGACACAGAGUAUAACAAGACUCCCCAGCAAUGUUGCCUCCAAGACUCGCAUGAGCGAGAGUGAUGUUCAUCUAGCUCUGCGGACAUUAACAGCACAGGAAGCAUUAAAAGUGCCUAGCCGGUUGAAUGUAGCCAUAACCGAGCUAAGGGCCCUGACUAAUCGACAUUCUCACCUACAACGUGAAUGCGACAGGCGAGAGCAGGAGCGGUUUCGCAAACAACGCGUCGUCGAAAAUCAAGACAAGGAGAUAGAUAAAAUAAGAAAAGACUGGGCGGAUUCCUCGAAUCGGGAUCGUCUUUUGCUUGCUAGGAAAGAGCAGGAGAUUACCACUUACAAAGGGCUCCUCGAAUCGGAAGCCGAAUCCCUCACCAAACUCAGUCGCCAGCUCGUCGAUUUGAGCAGAGAGGUUACAGACAUGCACUCUCACCGGGAAAUCUUCGCCUUCUGGCAGUUUGCCCUCACUCGCCGCCAAGUGGCAGCCUCGAAAGUUACGUUCCGCCGGCACGUCGUCGGACGCCAUAUAGGCGAGCUCAACAAACUACUAGUGCAGAUCCUGAUGGUCAUGUACCAAGACGCGCAGUACGCGCGGAGCAUGAUGGCCGGCACCCUCGAGACCCUGUUCGAGGAAGCCGACGACCGCGGCGACAACAACGAUCCGGGAGGGAAGGCUUCGGUGCUCGAACCUUCGCUGUCGAUGGCCCCGACGAUCGGCUACUCCAAGCGCAGCGGCGGCGAGCGGAAGCGCGUCGACCUCGCGCUCUUCUUCGCGCUGUUCGUCAUGGGCGAGGCCCGGAGCGCGCACAGCGCCCGCUACAUGCUCGUCGACGAGGCCUUCGACGGCCUGGACACGGCCGGCCAGGCCGCCGUGCUGAAGCUGUGUCGCUGGAUGACGGAGCGCCUGGCCCACGUGUUCGUGAUCACCCACAGCAAGAGCCUCAUCGGCCUCACCGAGGACGAGGGCGAGGGCGGUGCGGAGGGCGGCCUCGGCGCGAGUGUCGUUAUUGCUAAGGCCGGUGAUAGGGGCACCGAGUUUGAGGUAAACGGGACUCGCAUCGGUAGUUCUUCUGAAGACGUAGAGGCUUAGAGGUGUCCGUUUUGGGUAGCGUGGAAAUAUUGCAGUUGGCUACGCGUCACGUUUUGCGAGGACCUUGCUUGCAUAAGGGGCUGAUUGGUAGGCAUUGGAGAUCAUGUCUACUAGGCACCUAUCUAAUGUAAUAGAGGGAAUAUAUCCCCAAAAAACAAGAAUUCAUCCCCAUUCCAAUG